UGUGUAUUCUUUGUUUUUAUUUUGUUUGUUUUCCCUGGGUGAUAUGGCAGAGCCAAAGAAUUGACGUCCCUAAUAAGAGGGUAUACAGAUCUCUUUAGUUGGGGGAUGGUGUCUCACAUCACAGAAACUCACUGGUCGAUAAAGGGAAACAAAACACACAUACAACACACACAAGUGAAAACAAACAGGGGUGACCACCACACAUACACCUGAACAGACUUCUCAUAUGGAUCCCAGACACUGGAUCAGCAGCUGUAUUCGACCUCUCCUAUGUGUCCAAACAGAAGACGCUUUAACCAGACUCUGGAGGUGACAGACCAGGAAAAGACGACCAGAUGACAAUGGGGAGGACAACCUUCAUCUCCCUCAUUCCAAGAGGACUAAGAAGGACCAGGCCUUACAGGAUCCUCGCGCUGUAGAGUCUGGAUUUUCCUGGCUGCACACACUCCUCCUCGCUCUCGCCUAGUUAUUCCACAAGCCUCCACUUUCACGUUUCCUCCUGGAACCAGGGCUCAGUGUGGCCUCCAGCUCAGACUAGACCCCCAUGGAUCCACUGCAGAAAUGGGAUCCAAUGUCAAUUUCUGUGCCCUCCCGCAUAGCCACUGUGAUGAACUCCCAAGAGACCUCGGCAGCCCCUCAGCCUUCCUCUUCAGAAAAGCUAAGCAUGGGCCUCAGCAUCCUGAGCGUCAGCCCCAGCCCUAGUUCAGGUGUCCCAGCUCCUCUGUCAGAGGGGCUGUUCCAUCAGCAGGCCCGAGAGAAGAAGGCCUUGUGGCAGCAGUACUGGGAGAAGCAGGGCAUUCCUCAGAGGAAGAGAGUCUUCCUGAGGCACUCGAGACGCUGGCACCGGGAUCACAUGGCACCUUACCUGCUUGAAAGGGAUGUCAGAGGCUUUCCCUCAGGUGACAAAGCUCAGAAUCAGCUUCGAUGCCAGGGCCACGUGCAGAAUAUUUCUGGGAUGAGUGGGCAGAGGAACGCAGCCCCCAACCCUCCCUCCUGGGAAAUGCUGGUGCAAGGGCUCAAUGGCCUCACCCUCAGCCUGGGAGCCAACAGACCCGGCCCCUUGCCAGAGGGCCCUCGGCAGCAGCAGGAGCCAGAGGACAUGUGCCAGCUGGAGAGGCAGCAGGAAAGCCUGAAGAUGUUCCAGAGGAUGCUCAAGUAGAGGAUGUAAGAAGGCUGAGGUGCUGGCCCCUAGAGGAUAGAUGUGAAAACACAUUUAGAAGGUGCUGCAUUGCAGUCUCAGAGGCGUGGUCUCCUCUGAGGUCAAGGCAGUCCACUGCCAGUGGAUGAGUCCCAACACUUGUGCUAUGAUGGGAAUUGUCCUUGGAAAGAUCUUAACUAUCCUGCCUGUCUUUUAGCAUGCCUUUUUGGAUGUGGUGCUGCGUGUUAGCCUAUACAGAAGAAAACUGGGUACCAGUGAUCCCCAAAUGUGUGUGAUGUGAUUCAUACACAGAGUUUUCACUGAUUUUUCUUAGAGCUCAUCAUCCCCUCCAACUUCUUGUUAUAAGGAAUCAACACCAUAUGUAUAUAUAUGCAUAUAUAUUUAUAUAUAUAGAGAAGACGUACAUCCACAUG